AUGUCAUCAGCAUCCGGACCUGCCUCGAGCUCCACCAAAAACAGCGCCAACGGCAACGGCACCUCCAGCCACAAGGACGCCGCCGCCACGACCGCAGCCCCGAGCUCCGCCAGGGCGACCAAGAAGAGCGCAUUCUCCUGCGAGCCCUGCCGCCGCCGCAAGGUCAAGUGUGGAGGCGAACAGCCUGUCUGCAGCAGAAACCCAACGCUGUCUUAUACCCAGCGCCUGGAGGAGCGUAUCAAGGACCUGGAAGAACAGUUAUCAAAGGCGCAAGCCCAGGCUCACGCACCGCCCCAGCCUCAGCGUGGGCUAUCUGAGGGACAGCUCUCAUCCUCGCACGACAGCUCCCUCACUGGCCAUGAGUCCGAGGGCUUGACGGGGACGUUCAAGGGCCUUAAGCUGGACGAGAAGGGCGUCAUCACGUAUCAUGGCGCCACCAGCUUCUUCCACCUGCCCAGCGAGUAUGGCCGCGGCCAGAGCAGUGACGCCCCGAGCCCGUCCAAUUCGGAGGAUCCGCUCUAUGGCAAGAGAGAACGACUGGUCAACAACGCCUGGCAGCAGCGGGCGCUGGAAGACCUCUCAGAGAUCCCAGAACCGUUCCAAUACUUACUCAGCACGCACUGGUGCUGGAUCCAGCCCCUGUGGAAUUUUGUCUAUCGUCCCACCUUCACCCGUGACAUGCAGCUCCUUGGCCCAUACUACUCACACACCCUACUAAAUGCCAUACUCUCGCAUUCGAUCCGGUGGGGCCGUUGGGAUAAGGACACCCGCGAACGUCUCGAGAACGACUAUGAUGGCGGUGAAGUGUUCAGCCGUCAUGCGCGAGCGAUGGUCCUCGAGGAAAUUUCCCGCGGUGUGGCCACCAUUCCAACCGUCCAGACGCUCUUGCUGUUAAGUGCUCAGGAAUGUAGCGCCGGCAACACCUCGCAGGCAUGGAUGUACAGCGGCAUGGCAUUCCGUAUGAUCGAUCAUCUGGGUAUCUGUGUCGACAGCCAGCGAUAUACAGGCAAUAUCCCAUUCAGCGAUGAGGAUGUCGAGAUCCGUCGGCGGCUGUUCUGGAGCUGCUACUUCUGGGACAAGAUCGUCAGUCUCUACCUCGGCAGAUCACCGAGCCUACAGCACUCGGAUGUGUCGCCGCCACAGAUGAUCCUCGAUGAUUCCAACGAGAACGAGAUGUGGACACCGUUCGGCAUCACCUAUCCAGACGGCGUGAAAUACCCACCUAUCGCAGCGCACUCAACAUCCUGCUUCGUGCAGAUGUGUCGAUUGACGGUCAUCUUCAACGAGAUCCUGAUCCAUAUGUACGACCCCCUGGGGCUGAACACCGAGUCCGAGAUCCAGGAGUGUUUGGUGAGGCAGGAGGCAGCCUUGAAGAAGUGGUGGGAGGAUCUGCCGCAUUUCUUGAAGAUCGACGCGAGCAUGCUGCCCCCGUUGGCACCACCAAGCCACAUCGUCACUCUCAAUUGCCUUUACCAUACGUUUAAUAUCCUGCUGCACCGACCGAUGCUCUCCCGUGAGUGCACACCCAACAACAACCGCGCGAAGCACCUGCUCGAGUGCGUCUCCUCGGCGACGUCCAUCAUCGCCAUAUUCGACCUUUUCUGCAAGUCCUUCGGCAUCUAUCGAUCCGUGCUCUCAUUGAGCUACUGCGUGUACAUUGCGGCGUCGAUAUUCCUUCUACAAGUUCAAGCCGCCGCUAAUGCGCAGAACACCGGCGCGUCAUCAGGAAUGUUGACGGAGGAGCAGCUACAGCAGCAGCAACCUGCCCUGAGGAGGCUGGACUUUUGUAUCCGUGCCCUGUCGAAAUUGAAGGAUAUCAACCCGAUCGUCGGUAGUGGAGUCGAGCUUAUCCUGCGCGAAUUGGCCGCCUUGGGAAUCCAGACCCCUGGUGGUGGUGCGUCGCCCGGCUUCCAAGGACAAGCGCAGCAGAACCCGGCCCGGCCGGGAUUCGCGCAACACCAACAGGCAUCGUCGAUGUCGUCCGAGUUCCGAGGCCGUCAAGAUUCCUUCGGUGGAUACGGCCACCGCAUGAGCCAUCAUGAGAUCAUGAUGGGCAACACUGAUAGCCACAUGACGGGCUUCGGCUCACCCAGCCGCACACCGCCUGGCCUGCAGCAGGCCCUGUUCCAAUUCCCUCAGACCACCCAGCCCGAAAAGAUCAACCAACAUCUUCAGCACCAUGGAAUUUCAGAUCAGGUCUUCCAGGCAGUGUCUUCGCUGCAGCCAAUCACGGCGUCUUUUGGAAAUCCCAUGAGCACCCAGGAACACCCGCGAGAAUACUUCGAGCAUCGGUAA